CUUUUUAAUAAAAUAAAAAGAAGAGGAUCCUAGGGGUAUAUUGCCCUAAAAGGUUAAUCGUCUUCCAGGUCCAGGCAAUCAUAGUCGACGGCGAAGCCCCGGUACCCUAGAAAAGAGUUCUCUCAGUUCGCAACAGGUAACACCCCUUAUAGCCUAUUUAUUCUUCCCCGAGUAAGAAGGUGAAAGUAAGAAGCUCUUCUUGGGGCCCCGAAGAUGUCAUCGUCGGGUCGAUCAACGGCCGUCGCAGCCGGAGAUUUACAGAUUGUUGCUGCGUCGGAGAGGCAGGUGGCUGCUCUACCUCCUCGUCCUCCGGCUUCUUCUUCCACCGCUCUAGUGGAAUACACGCCACCUGCGGCUAAUCCUGAAGAGGAGGAUCUUGAGAUCAAGCUCCGGCGUAUACUUGAAUGUGUGCCUGUACGGGUUAGCAAUACGUCUGGAAGUUCUGCUGGUUCUGGCUCGGGCGACUUUCAUCAGUAUCGGCAGAUGAGACGGAGAGAACAAGAUCGACUUGCAAGGAUGGAUGUUGACUACCAGAGAAGGAAAGAAGUUGCUGAAUUCAACUUGAGAAGAGAAGAAAAAGUAAAAGCUGCGGAAGAGCGGACAGCAAAGAAACGCGCAAGGCGACAGAAGAAAAAGCAGAGGAAGAAGGAGAAAAAGAUUAAUUCUGGUGCAGGCGGAGAAGAAACCCGUAGGGAAGAGUCAUCGGAUGAUGACGAAGCCGACUCCGACCACCAAUAAGGAGGGAGAGGUGACUAGCUUCAAAUUUAUUAUGCACUGCCCUGAUGCAUUGGAUCAGGAGCUAUAUAGUUCGAAAACUUGAGAUCGUGUAACAUAAGUAACUUUAUGAACAGCUUUUUGAAAUCGAAAAUGUUUAACUCCGGUUCUUUUCCGUCUUA